AUGUUGCCCCCCUGUCACUCGAUGUAUCCCGAAGACUGUGCUGGAGCUCGCCAAGACCACUUCCGACUCCUGCAGGCCAACAAGCUCUACUACAAGGCAGUCAUCGCGUUGGUCAUUCUAACGUUCUGCGAAGUGCCACCCUGGUGCCACCAGCGGUCACCAAGCCAGGACAUUUGGACUUGGAUCGCUCCAGAACAGUGGUGCCAUGUCCCUGACGAUGGCAACCCGUAUUUGUCGAACAUUUGGUACAUUCCGCCGGGCAUCGGGCUGAUCAUUGAAGUGGUCAUUGAGAUCAUAAUUCUGCGAAAGUUCUUGCUGAAUUGGCAGCUUGAGAAGACGCACUUUGUCCCAAUCGGGGUCCAAUACCAUAACAGCAGAGUCAUCAAGGCCGGUCUUUUCUUUGCUGUGGGAAGUAUGGUCGACACGAUCCUCUUCACCUUCACUCGGAUGCCAGUGCAAUUUACGUGGAUAUUCAGGACAGGUCUACUCUUCAUUCUACCAGGAGUUCAAAGGGUUUAUACUUUGAUCUUCAACAGGCGCAUGAUUGGCGAGUUCGCGUCAGUAGCUGUCUUCUUUGUCGUUUUCGUGCUCUUCUUUGCUUGGGUCACAGUGACGAUCUUCAAAGACUUGGACACUGUGGCAUAUCAAUCCGAGGAGGAGAUCGUCAGAGCCAAUGAGGGUCUAGCAACCUUGAAGGAGGCUACAUAUUCUCUCUUUGUGGCUGGCAUUGGCGAAGGCUUCGUGGACAACUUCCUUCCGUCUUUCUUUGUAUACCGCGUAUCCGGCAUCUUUUGGCUCGUCUUUCUGGUUAUUGGGCAAAUAUUGCUCUUAAACCUUGUGAUUGAUGCUUUCGUGGCGGCCUAUUUGAAGGGUUCAGAGGAAGAGUUGGAUCGGAAAGCGGAAGUCCAGGCACAUAGUAUACACGACGCAUUCCUGACCCUGUCAGUGGGCAAUGGGCAGCAUCAACGUGUUCCCAAGGACGUUUUUCUGGAAUUCCUUCAAGAUCUUGGGCAGUCGCCUCGUAUGUUCCCAAUUGACCGAGAAACCGCUGAGAUCAUCUUUGAGCACUUUGGAGAAGUCACUGAGGAGAAAUUCCUUGACGCUUGCCGCGUGAUUCAAAACCCGGUUUGGGUGGCUCCUAAGGACUCCUGCGUAGCAAGAUGUGCUCCGCGGUUUUGGGAAGAGCCCUUUUUCAGCUGGGUGAGGCAACUUGUUUGGGAGCCUGAAGAGCUGCCAGCCUUCGACGUUUUCAUGAACCAGGUGUUGCUCUUGAAUCUUGUGUUGGUGGUUGCACAGUCUGCAUACAACCUUUAUGGUUGGGAGCAACCUGCACUUCUUCGGAACCUUGACCUCUUCUUUGCCUUUGCCUACGUAGGAGAAGUCUUGGUGAAGCUGUCAGUCAAGUCUUGGUCGGAAUAUUGCAGCUUCUGGGGGAACCAGUUUGAUUUCAUGACAACUUGGUUGCUGCUCUUCACAACCCUUCUGCCCUAUUUGCCUUUUGCAACUGUUCAAGCGGAUUUGAAGCGCUACGCAAACAUCCUCCGACUCCUGCGAUUGGUUCGUGUCGUGAAGCAGCUGAAGCAAUUUCCGCGAGUCCAAUUCAUGGUCGCGACCGUCUCAAGGAUGGUUAAUGCAGCUGGCGACAUUCUGCAGCUGUUGGGAGUGCUGCUCUUCUUUUUCUCGGCUUUCAGCAUGAAUGUCUUCGGUGGAGUUCUGUAUGAAGGCAAGGAGGCUUUGGAGGAUACCGAGUAUGGAAAGAAGCACUUAUACAUUUUCAACUUCAAUGAUAUGUCAAUGGCCUUCAUCACCUUCUUUGCCCAAUUGCUGAGCCGCAGCCCUGGCUGUAUUGCACGAGAUUGCAUGCCUUGGUAUGCUUUGCGCAUGACUAGGCGUGCCAACUGGAGUUCUGUUGCCUUCACGAUCGAGUAUUACUUGGCAAUCAAAGAGGAGGCCGAAGAUGGUGACGAGGAGAAAGAAGAAGAGCCGAAGGGCAGCGUGCUCCGUAAGGACAUUUUUCAGGGUGGAGAGGCAACCCAGAUAUCAUGUGAUGAUAUCAUAAUAUUGAAAGCAGAUCCAACACACCAAAGACCAUUUAAGAAUUGGAUAGCAGAGCAAACACACUAUGUUGGGCCUAGUAGGGCUCCGUGCAUUCUUGGCAUUUUGUUAUUAUUUCAUAUUAUUUCAAACUCUCAACAAGGCUGUGAAUACUGGAUUCAUCUCAACCAUUCGCUUUGCUCCCUGGCUUCGAUUUUUUUUGGAACAAAGAAAUGCAAGAGCUGCGUAUUCCUUCAUACCUACUUUGAGGUCAGAAGCUCUUGCUGA